AUGCAAUGUGUUUUCAUAGAUUCAAGUGAUCCUAAUAGUCCAAAUCAAGUUAUCAAUGGUACAUCAACCCCAUUUUUCAGACCUGAAUUUCCUCCAAAGACCAAACUUCAGGAUUUAAUAACAAUAAACGAUCGUAGAAAUAAUAACAGCAAUAAACAUGAUAGUGAUGGUAAUAGCAUUUGUAAAGCUCCAUACAGAGCUCCUAAUGCUUUUAUCAUUUAUAGAAAGGCUUGUGUAGAAACCAUUCGUUCUAAAGGCUGUUUGUUUCCAAUGACCGUCAUCUCUUCAAUAUCGUCACAAGCCUGGAAAGAAGAACCGGAAAUUGUUAAGGAUGAGUAUAAGCGUUUGGCCGAUGAAGCAGGCGCUUAUUACAAACAAAAUUAUCCAAAAGCUUCUAAACACAAAAAACGCGAAAAAUGGAAUAUUGUAUCAUUUGAUGAUAAUAAACCUAAUUCCGUCGAAUCAAACUCUACGAAUGAUAUGGCUACCAUCACCACCAUAACAUUCGAAUCAUCGUUGUCAUCGCCUGGCAGAGAAAAUGUUACGGAUGUGGAGAUUUAUCCAAGUCCUGAUUUAUCUUCGACUGAUUACGAUUUUAGUCUAAACACACCCAAUAAUUAUGAUUAUAAUUAUGUUAAUAGUUACAAUAAUAACAAGCAACCAUUAUCAACAGAAGUAAUUUAUCCUUCCAAUUAUGACAAUGAGCCAAAUAAUAUGAUCAAAUCAAUUUAUCCAAGCCCUGAAAUUUCUUCAAACAGUUAUAAUAAUAGUAAUAUUAAUUAUAGUAAUAAUAUUAUUAAUAACACUGUUAAUAUUAAUGACAACUAUAAUUAUAACCGUGACGAUGAUAAAGAAUUAAAUUUUAUACUUGGUAAAUAA